GAACGAUAAGAAUGUGCACUGCGCGGCCGCAUCGGUGUCCACGUUCCGCCAACGAUCCAGCGACUGUCGGCUGACUUCACAGAGUGCAAUUGCAUGGGAUCACCCUACGUCAUCAGCUCUGCUAAAACUGGUUUUGCCAUCCAAUACCCUGCUCUCUACUGCCAGUUUUUGCCUGAGUGGCGCCAACGACGGGCAGGUGUUCGACCUCGCAUACACAUCAUUCUCCCCGUGGCAUGAAGACUCGCUGUGCUUCGCCUUCUUAAGCAAGACUUUGAAAGUUCUUGGUGCCAUAAGCAAUCGAACUGAGGUGUGGUUAAAAAACGGAACAUAUCUUUGUGAAACACAAACAGCCGCACAACACACACGGCUGGACCUAUCGGGCCGAGAGGAAGACGGCCUCUCGCUCCUUGGCUGUAUCGUUGAUAAUGCCAGACAGCUGUUGUUGGCUGGCGUGCGCCGAUCGUUGGCUGCACGCAGGUUUUGUGUCGGAGUGGCGCCGGGUUUUUGAGGUUGUGUGCUUCGGAAAGGCGGCGCUUUCUGGGGCGGCUUUUUGUCAUGGAAAAAACGGGAUGCAGAGGCAGGGAACGGCGGGGCGAGAGGAGUGGGUCGCACUGUAUUUGAACGCGGAUCUUCGCAAGCUGUCGCGCCGGCGCCGCACCGCACGCAGCCGUGUUUGUCGAGGGGCAGUGGAUUGCUGGGAUUGCCGGCGGGAUAGAUGAGGAGAGGGUGACACACAGGCUUGGGAUGGCUAUAUUAAAGGGCGUGGACAGCAGAGCGCUUGGUUUCCUGCUUGCGGUCGCGUGCGAGCGGUGGAUUGCACCCGCCGCCUGUGUCGGAAUCCUCUCUGGGGUGGGAACUGGGAACGGCGCUGCGGUUUCGCCGCGCGGCUCGUUGUGGUUGCUUUGUUCUCUCUGGUUGCGCGAGCGUAACUUCUUCUCUCUCUGCUUUUUGUGCGCGUCCCGGAAACACACCUGACUGUGCAGCAUUUUUCUUUUUCACGCUUUUUGUUUUCCUUUCGAAUAAUUUCCACUUUUUCAUAGGUAAGAUGGCGGAUGAAGAAGUGCAAGCCUUGGUGGUGGACAACGGGUCCGGAAACGUGAAGGCUGGCGUGGCCGGCGAUGAUGCGCCACGUGCCGUCUUCCCGUCUAUCGUCGGAAAGCCCAAGAACCCGGGUAUCAUGGUCGGAAUGGAGGAGAAGGACUGCUACGUCGGUGACGAAGCCCAAAGCAAGAGAGGUAUUUUGACUCUGAAAUACCCUAUUGAGCACGGUAUCGUCACCAACUGGGACGACAUGGAGAAAAUCUGGCAUCACACCUUCUACAACGAACUGCGUGUGGCGCCUGAGGAGCACCCUGUGCUGCUCACGGAAGCCCCACUCAACCCCAAGGCGAACCGUGAGAGAAUGACCCAGAUUAUGUUCGAAACCUUUAACGUCCCUGCCAUGUAUGUCGCUAUCCAGGCCGUUCUUUCUCUGUACUCCUCCGGUCGUACCACCGGUAUUGUGCUCGACAGUGGUGAUGGCGUCUCUCACACUGUGCCCAUCUACGAGGGGUACGCCCUGCCUCACGCCAUCAUGCGUUUGGAUCUUGCUGGACGCGACCUUACCGAGUACAUGAUGAAGAUUCUCCACGAGAGAGGAUACGGCUUCACCACCUCCGCCGAGAAGGAAAUCGUGCGCGACAUCAAGGAGAAGCUUUGCUACAUCGCCCUCGACUUCGACGAGGAAAUGAAGGCGGCUGAGGACUCUAGCGACAUCGAGAAGUCCUAUGAAUUGCCCGAUGGCAACAUCAUCACCGUUGGCAACGAGCGAUUCCGCUGCCCGGAGGCCCUCUUCCAGCCCUCCUUCUUGGGCAAGGAAGCUGCAGGUGUCCACCGCACCACCUUCGACUCGAUUAUGAAGUGCGACGUGGAUAUCCGUAAGGAUCUGUACGGCAACGUCGUCCUUUCUGGAGGUACCACUAUGUACGAGGGCAUUGGCGAGAGGCUGACCAAGGAACUUACCUCCUUGGCUCCUUCCACCAUGAAGAUCAAGGUCGUUGCUCCUCCUGAGCGUAAGUACUCCGUCUGGAUCGGAGGGUCCAUUCUGUCCUCUCUCUCCACCUUCCAGCAGAUGUGGAUCACCAAGGAGGAGUACGACGAGUCUGGCCCGAGCAUCGUCCACCGCAAGUGCUUCUAAGCAGUUUGUGGUGUUUUAUCGAGCGCCGAGUUGCCCAAAAACUCCAAGGAAUUCGAUGAUACUGGAGGACGACGGACCUGGGGCGGCACCACAUGGGAAGCGUCGUUGCAUGCCGCAAAGAGUCACGCGAUGUCGCGUCCUUGUAUCUGGAGUCACGCAAAAACUGUGUCCGGUGUCAGCCCGUUCCCAGAACGAGCCUCUCCCGUAUCGUCGGAGUGUCGGUGAUCUGUAUGUAGCGAGAAUCCCUAGGUUUGGUAACAGAAACUGUGUUUGAGUCGGUCAGCAGGCAGAGGAGGAAAAGCAUUAGAGAGAGAAAAGAUUUACUCGUUAAGUCUUGAAGGAAAGCCAUCGCGCCUCGGCGCGUGGUUUUGGCGCCGCGCUCACGUGGUCGCCUAUGGUUAAAGUUUGUUUUCAGUCGCCUCGUGAAUGUAAUCUUUCCGUAGGGCGGUUUCAUGACCUAAAGUAAUAGUCUGGCAUAUUCUAUGUGGCACCGUGGUUCGGCUGCUAAGUACGUGUUUUCUCGCGCAUCAUACGUGUUGUACCCAUUGGAUGUCGACUCAGUGUUCAACAUCGCAUACGCCCUUGGGAGGGAGUGGUUUAUGGAGCGAAAAAAUGCCGGCGAAGAAUUCCUAGCACGCGUGCGUGCAGCCCAAAUGCCACCUGUGGAUUGACGUGGAUGGAGCCAAGCAGAUGGCUACACUCAUUCGCACGUAUCUGCUUUCCGAGAGUAGAACUGACUUUUGUUAGCGAAACGGCGUAGUUCAGCACCUGUAGUAAAAGGUAGUUGCGUUCUGCUCCCGUUUCUGCGUUAGACUGUAACAGAGUGUCUUGCGAACACGGUAGGGAGAAAUCGUAUCUUAGCCAGUUAGCGCGAACGGAAGGAGUCCUCUCUCCCGCAUUGCGGAACGCGAUGAGGAGUCUUUGGAAAGCGAAGAAUUUUGCUGCAUGGAAACGGAUGUUUCGUUAGCAGAAGCUAGACAUAACAGUUGCCUCAAGCGCCGCUCAUUCAUGUAGGCUACAAAUAGCAAGUGUCCAGGAACAGUGGUCGCGACCGUCUUUCAUUUUGCUUUUGCUGGCUGCGUGGACCCAGAGGUUUUCAGCGAGGUCAGGUAUGCGUGCCUUGCCUGCAGUCUCUCCAGCUGACAACGGAACAGCGCACCACAGCACCGGUGAUUUCUUGACGUUUGUCGUAAUCAGGGAAGUACCAUUGGGCAGACGCGACACCUGUUUUAUGGCUGCAUCUCUAAAGAGCAUAUGGUCAUCCUCGUGGGCGCAUUACAAAACCACUGUACGAGAAGCUUUGCACUAUGUUUCCUUCAAAAGACAUCGCUACUUUAUCUUAUGUGCUAUGAGCCAGGAUGGAGUGAGGCACUAAGCUCCACAAAAAGUGUAUAAGUACGCAGGUGCUGUCAUAUUUAGGAACGAAGCGAAGUGGCGAAGAUGAGUGAUUAACUACCUCAAGCUUCAGUUCUUGUUGCCGUUGUUGUCUGUUUUCCCAGUCGAGCGUCAGGAUAUCAGAAUUGAUGAUGUCUGUUUGCUGGCGUAACUUGCUAUUCUCUGUACGGUAUUCAUCUCGCUCGCGCUUCGAUUUCGUGAUAAGAUGUCGCUGAUUCGCCAAUUCCGCGUCCAGAUGCGCGAGCUCCUCAGUCAAUCGUGCGUUCUCGUGACCCAAGAAGUGAAUCUUUUCCCUCCAGUGAGUGAUGAACUGCUCAAGAUUCGAACAAUGAGGAUCACGCAACGCGAUGAAUUUGGAUAAUCUGUAGUUCCCUUAUGGAGGUCAUCGGUAACAAUUCAAGCACACGUGUCAUGUUUGAGCCCCUGGUACGCAUCACCAAUAUCUUCGUGAUUUAAAACUGACGUUUCCAGACUGGCAUAGAAACGGGUCCUCUAUAGCUUCUCAAAAACUCCUUCGGAAACAGGCACUUGUCAUAUAGAACAAGCUCCCUAAGGGCAGCAAAAGGGGUUGGUGAUUUACCAGAAAUGGCAUGUUGCUAAUGAACAUCGACUGUAUCGUUGACAGAUUUCAACGAGAGGCUGCUUACAUUGUAAAGGUGAGUUCGUGGACUAUCAGCUGAAGAAGCUCUGCCAUGUACACGGCUCAGGGCUCGUAGCUUCCAACGAUGCUCACAAAAAUGGAAGAUACGGGAAUUUUGAUGCCCUUAAGAACGAAAAAUUGGCGAACGUGGGUGCAUACAUUGUCGGCAUCUGUCGCGGUAUUCUUAGUUACCCAGAGCGAUAUCAGUUUGACAGGCUGAAGCUGGUCUUUUAGGCGUCACGGACAGUCCACGCAGAGACUAGGAAGUUGACAAGCCCUAGGCUGCUGCGGGAGCGUCCACUCAGUGUAUCGGUGGUGUCCCGAAAAACGUACGCGGCUGAAAUGUGUUACGUACCUGGACAGCCGACAUGAUUAUGGAUCGGAGUUUCUUUAUUUCCUCAUUCCGCUCGACAAUCUUCUCGUUGAGAGCUUGAUUUUCAAUUUUUAGUUGUUCAAAGUCCAUGACAUGGAACUGCUCCUGCAUGUCAUUUUCUGAAACCAUCUGGUGAAGCACAUCUAACUGAUGUUUCAAUUUCGUACUUGCAGACCUCGCCUCCUGUAGCGCCCUAGUCUUUUCUUCUUCCAGCUGCAUCAGUUGUCCGAGAAUCGACUCCGGAAUCGGCUUCCCGCUCCGUGCCAUCUGGGAAUUCUUCGCGACCUUACGGAGAAAAUCUCUGUUGGGUCGAAAGUGUCACACACCGUGGCAGAUAACACAAGUUUUAUUGACCUCAACAAUACCAAUGGAGGAUGCACAUAGCGGUGUUGACUUUUUCUUUUUUUAAUGUUGAAAACGUGUGCGACUGUUGUACACAAUGAAUGUGUCACAGAUUUACGUGUUGGUGGGUCGGUAGCCCAGCGAAUGAUGCAUCCUUUUUCAAGAGCAGUUGCUACCAUGUAAACAGCUUUCACGACAUGGUUGCACGGAGGCGACUACUCGCAGUUUGCAGAAAGCCGUAAGGCACGGACAUUGACGACUAUCCCUGCCUAGCGGUUUAGGUUUUAGAAAAAGGAAUGUGCUGCCUUUCCUUGGUAGCUUGAUCUUGUCCAAGGCGUUUUGAAUAAAUUAAUCGCAAUACAAAAACCACUGGACACAACUUUACACAUGUCCCUACUUCACUGGAGCGACUACCUGAAUGCAGUUCUGCACUCUUCGACCUUCUCCUGGUGUGUUGCCAGCUUCUGGUUUUCUUGUUGCAUUUUUUCUUCCGUCAACGCCGAUAUCCGUUCUUUUUCUUCCUUUGUAGCUUCCAGGGUUCGGAGCAUAGCGAAGUACUGUUGCGUUGUCAACCGUGGGUCGCCAGUCUGCGCUCUAUACACCGGGAAGUCUCCGGUCGUCGAGAAUUUCAUUGCCAGCUUCUUCUCCACUCGAGCGUUUUCCUCCUUCACUCGCUUCAAUUCGUCUCGCAAAACUUCAGCUUCGAUGGACAUUUGCUCGUACUCAUUGUCCAGUGCCUCGACAUCAAGGGCCACCAAGUCCGCCCCUGGCUGUUCAGCUGAUUCUCUGUGGUUCCCCGUGCUAGGCUGCAGCAGAAACCCACACGCCAGACACACCUUGCGCUCUGUGGAAAACACGGAGGGCGAGCGAGAAAAGCAGAAUCUCGCACCCCGCGAGAUAGUCUGCUGGCCUCCGCAACACAGAUCAGUGGCAAGCAACUUCCUCGUUCCGACCUUACUGACACCAGAGCUGAAGCAGCAAUGCCAUUCGUGUUCUUCUGUCGUAUUCGUGACAGACGAGAAGCUGCUCCCUCCCUACACUCACUCGGAACGAUUCAAGUUCAGCAUAUGCGUCGUCAAGAGGUGACGAAGCGUCGGAGGCAUGCGCGGCUCCGGCUCCGGUGAGUCUGUUUUUGUCCUCGUUGCCUCUCUGGGAAGGACUGCCAGAGUUAAGACUUACUCCUUUGUACCCGCAUUGGCCUGAAGGAAGGGCACUGUCUUCGUCUCUUCCAUUUGUCUCACGCUCCCUCGUCCCGGUGCCGGAGAGAGACUCCGAGGCUGUUCGGGCGGAGGGCUUAUCAGUGUCGGGUGGCGUCUGCUGGUUUUCCGAAGAUCUGUGUUCUCCGUGGUUAUCCGGAAACGGAUCUACAGAGUUUUCAGUUUCUGUAGAGGGGAGAUAGUUCGCAUGCAUUUCUCCAUUUUGUGCAGUUCGAGAGCUGUGGGUACCUGCAGCGGCCUGCGAAUCACUCGCCUGGUCACGCCCUUCGGCACAAAUCACAUCAGGGUGUGUUGUUUCUUCUUGUUGUUUUGUAGCUUGUCUCCGUUGGGUCUCUGCCCCGUCGACGCGUUCUGUUUCGCUCCUGUGACUGUUUUUUCGGGAGAUGUUUCCUUGAACUCCUUGAGAAGUAGCUUCUCGCGUUGGAGGGCCGCCCACGAUCUCGAUGAUGUCGCCAUUGUGAGACAGCGGCUUUUCACUUCGUUCACUGGCAGCAUCU